AUGCCUUCAACCUCUCCCGGCCGUACUCCCACAGCAGACUUCAUCCAGAUACUGCCAGGCGCACCCACUGCUUCCCUGCAAGCGACAACAACUUUCGUCUUCCGUCAUAAACGCUACAUCGUUUACAUCUCCGGCCGUCAACUCAACGUUCUCUCAUCGCCAACCAAUCUAGUCCAGGCGUUCACAUUCAACAAUGAGCUUAUCGCAGUCACCGCGGAAUCGCAGACAGGCAAGCUUGUCGUCGCCGAAAGCAACGAUGUCUAUACCCUCGAGCCGCACACAGAGGGCUGGACGAGGGUCUGGUGGGAGAAAAGCUUGAGACUGCAACUUGAGCAGCCAGAAGACGAAGCCCGAUGCCUGAGUUGGGGCGGUGAAGGAGAGAUCUUGAUUGGAGGCAGUAUAUGCGUAAGCCUAUUCUCGACGCUGCCUUCAUCACGGACAAGCUCUCCUGCAGCGAGUCCAAUUGAUGGCGAGGUCAUGGAAGAUCGCAGACCGCUGUGGUCGAAAGCUGUUGCCUCGCCUUUACAGUAUGCCUCAUUCAGUCCGACAGCGGACCUAAUUGCUUCUUGUGGGAGAUAUGACAGGCUUGUCAAAAUUUGGCGCAGAUUGUCGUACGAGGAGGGACUCUUCGACUAUGUAUACCUGCCACACGGAGGCGCGGUCACGCAUUUGGAAUGGAGACCAUUGGACCAGCAUGCAGAACAGAGGCGCGGCAGUGGCAUCAGCGGGAGACAUGAGGAAGAUCCUGAGGUGCUGUACACGAUUGCUAAUGACGGCCUACUUCGAAUCUGGAGGACAGGCGGAGUCCACGACAUUGACGUUAUGCAGCUACAUGCCACCAUCGACCUCGUCUCAGCUAUUCCGCAGUCUCCGACCCUGUCCGCCAAGAACGGCGAAAGCACGGAAGCACCCACGCGCUACGCUGUGAUCCUACCAUCAGAGUCAUUCUGCGCUGCCGUUUCGGGGACCGGAAUUGGACAAUCUACCACAAAGAUCAGCCACUCAAUGGAACAUCUGAAAGAGACGACCUCCAAGUCUCCAGACGUUGUCAUUGCGCUUGAUGGACACGGCCGCAUGUCUGCCUGGGGUGUACAGAGUGUUGGCCACAAACGGCGGCCCGAAACGCCAACUUCGACACAUCCAUUUCAUAUUGCACAUGCGGAGGCCGUGCCGAUAUCUCUCCCAGAGUAUGCCAAUGCGAGGUUUCAAGCGUGGUUCGACGGCCGGAUCUUCCAUUUGCUAGCGCAUACCUUUGACAGCUCUGAUGGGCAUAUUGCCUGGUGGCAAGGAGAUAUCGAGACCUUCUUUUCGCCCUCGGCCCGUGGGCCAGACAGAUUACUGCGCCUGGCAGACUGGUCUGGACAUUCUGAUAACGUACUAGGGCUGAGACCAAGUGCAGACAACCAGCGCUUACUAUCUUGGUCAUCCGGGUCAAAUGGACAACAUCACCGAGUGUGGAAGUAUCUGCACCCUUCUCCAUCAUUGGUGAUUCUGUCUGCGAGGGCGGCGAUGUAUUACACGUUGCUAUUGCGGAUGGUGGCAUCGAGUACGGCGGAACGGACGGACACCUUCCACACCGAUGUCGGUCAUUGCAGCAUUCUGGCGGUGAAUGCUGAGGUAGCCGCUUUGGUAUCAGGAGAUAGGAAAGAAAUCAUCAUCGUAGAUCUCUCGCUUGGCUUCGUCGAGCACAAGCAGGCCUUUGAGGGACGAAUAGAGCGCGUGAAGUGUUACGCGACCGGACCCGGACACAACAUGAUCGCUCUUGGAUACGGCGCCACCGUUGUUGUGCUUGCGCAAGGGCGAUACGAGCAUCACCGCGAGUACGAUGUCUGGACGGUGGUUAAGACUAUAUCUGUGUCUAGCCUUGGACUCCCAAUCUCCGACAUGUCAUGGCUGGUCGAGGGCUGCGGAGCCGUCGCUAUCGGCAAUGGCAUCAUACUGGUUGGCAAUACAACUGAGGCGAGCAGUCUCGACACUGAGCUGCGCGAGCAGCUAGAUAUUGACCAUGAGAAGCAUCAUCAGGUCUCUCUGCCCAAGCUGGCUGCUCGGCUCAAGCAGCCUACUCCUGUCUGGCACCCAAGCUUGCUCUCGCAUCUCUUACGACACGGAAAGCUUACUACGGCUAUUAGCAUCUUCCGCAGACUAGGUGAGAGACUUAGGUUCUGGAGUGAAGGUGAGCCUUUACACCCAUUGUUGGAUGCCACUACAGACACUUUCCUCGACGAGUUGGGACAUACUGCCCACUCAGACCUUGAUAGCGAGGCCGUCCAAGACCUGAUGGAGCAGCUGGGGCAGAAAGAUCUGCCUGCGGUGUCAGAUGCAGAACAGCGAAGGCUUAAGCGGAUACUGCAAGCACUUACAUUCAUCUUCGAGCAUGUCAAAGGCCUUGAUACUUGGGCUUUACGCUACCUCUUUGAGUGGAAGCUGAGCUUGUUGCAAGCGGACGAGGAGCAGGGAGAGCCUAACGGCGUCUUGCCAAAUGGCGCGCCGCACAAGGAGCUCGUUGUCGUUCCAGACAUGCACUGGCGCGAGAUCGCUUUUGCCAGCCAUAGCGGUACCCAGCAGCCUCUGCUCGAUAUCCUCACCCUGCAUUACGACAACAAGCUCACAUGGCCAAUCGCCCGCUCACUAGGAAUCAUGGCCUGGUUGACCGACAAAGAAGCCUUGGCGCAGGUCUUCGAGUCACUGGCGCAGUCUGCAUAUCGCCAGACCUCUCCGCCAGACCCCACAAAUGCAUCCUUAUACUUUCUCGCACUGCACAAGAAGCCCACUCUGCUGGCGUUGUGGCGCAUCGCCACCUGGCACAAGGAGCAGCGUGCGACUAUGAACUUCCUCAAGCGCGACUUCGGGGAGGCAAGUGCCAGGACGGCGGCGAAGAAGAAUGCCUACGCGCUGAUGGGAAAGCGAAGGUUUGAGUAUGCUGCUGCGUUCUUCUUGCUCGCUGAUGAUGCGGCCAGUGCCACAGGUCUUUUGGCAGGCCAGUGUGAGGACAUAAUGCUUGCUAUUGCUGUUGCAAGGCUGUAUUCGGGCGAUGGAUCUGCUACUCUCGGUAAGCUGCUGACUGAAAGACUGGUACCAGAAGCACACAAGCAUGGGAACCGGUGGCUCAUGAGUUGGUAUCAUCAUAUGCUUGCGCAGAAGCAGGAGGCUGCAGACGCACUCGUCGUGCCCCUAAGCGGCGUGCGGACAUGGCAUCAAGAUGACUCCGCUACGCUAAUGCUGUACAAGAAGCUAAGGCAUGGCGCAUCCGAGCACGAGUACCAAGCAGUGUUGAGAGCUGCAAGAGUGCUACGUCGCAUGGGUUUGUGGCUGCUUGCGCUAGAGCUAGUCAGUAGGUGGGAGUUCAAGCACCCCGCUGCGCCGGGUCCAGCACCGCAAGCGCUCAGUAACGGAACGUCAACCACGAACGGUGCGCCUGCGGCACCCUCGAUGCUGGAUGACUCCGAACCACCAGCUGCUAAGGACCCGCCGCCGGUUUCAAAUGGCCAUGAAGCGCCUUCUGCAACAGUCGCAGACGAUCAAGCCUCAAGAGCGGCAAAGGCAGCCGAGCUGCUCAAGAAGCUAAAGUCGAAGCAAGUCGAGCAGCCGGUUCUAGAUGAGAAGAAGCCGCCUCCUACGCAGUUCAAGGAGCCGGAUGCUAGCAGUCUGUUGGACAGCUUUGGGUUCUGA